AUGUUCACUUUUUUGCUUGUCCUCGCAUCCUUAUACAAUCUCGCUAAUGCGGGUGCUGCGGAUAUAGAUGUUUGCUCUGUUCUUGUGCCCGUAGUUGCAGGCGGAAACCAGGCUGCAGGUGCACAAUUUGUGCGAAGACCUUCAGUACCUGUUGAGAACUGCUAUGAUCGUGAUGCACCAGCUUGCUUCGAAAUAUUCAAGUACGCCAAUAAUGAGAUGCAGAUAAUCGCGGAUAACCGAGUGCCGUAA